AUGACAAUCAAACAGAUUGUUGCCCACCUCAAUGGGGUGUUCCCCGUUGACGAUGCGCUGCGCGAAGGUGAGUGCUCUCUGCCGGCGGGACGGACCUUGGUGUCGGCUGAGCACUCGGCAAAAAGUGCCUGGACGAUCACGGGGAAGCUUACAGCCCGCAACGCCGAGGGAUCGGAAGAACAAUACUUUGUCAAGCUUGCCUUUGGCGAGACAGGCCGCACCAUGCUCCGCGGCGAGUUCGAAUCCUCCAAGGUCAUCCACGGCGUAAUGCCCGACUUCGUCCCUACGCCUCUCGCCUUUGGCAAGUUCCGUGCCGCAGAGCCGCCCGCCUACUUCUACCUCUCCGAGUACGUCGACAUGGACGUAACCACGCCUCCCGAUCCGAUCGAGUUCGCGUCGCGGCUGGCCCGGCUGCACGAAGCGAGCCGGUCGCCCAACGGCAAGUUCGGGUUCCACGUGGCGACGUGCGACGGCGACCGGGCGCACCUCGUAGACUGGGAGGACAACUGGGCCGUCUUCUACCGCAAGCUGUUCCUGCGCGUGUGCGAGCUGGACAUCAAGAGGAACGGCCCGUGGCCCGAGUACGAGCGGGCAAUCCAGCAGGUGGCCUGGAAGGUAAUCCCUCGGCUCCUGGACAAUAUCCGGCAGGGUGGGCGCCCCAUCAAGCCCUGCAUCAUCCACGGGGACCUGUGGGAGGGCAACAUGGGCAUCCGCAAGCAGACCGGCCGGAGCAUUCUGUUCGACGCCGGAUCCUUCUACGCCCACAACGAGAUGGAGCUCGGCGCCUGGCGGUGCGAGUACACGUCCGUGUUCCGGGCCGACGCGUAUGUCCAGGCGUACCUGCAGCAUUACCCAGCCGCGGAACCGGCCGACGAGUUUGACGACCGCAACCGGCUGUACAGUCUGAAGGGCGCCAUCAACUACUCUGCGGGACACCCCGGCAGCGAGCUAAGGAAGACAGCUUACAACAACAUGUGUUACCUCUGCGAGAAGUAUGCGCCCCUGGAAGGCAUUGCCGCGUACGACCCGUCGACCGAUCCGGCUUUGACGGGAGCGCGCAUUGUCCCUCACCAGGACACUGCCGAACACCUCAUCUGA